UAGGUCCACUGAUUGGUCGAGCAAAGCCCUCCCUCUGCCCUUUUAAGUGUCACUCUCACCUGUGUGGCCAAAAGUCUCUCUCCGUCCGCCUGACAGUAAGGACCAUUCCAACAGCUCCACAUCAUAGCCCUCAGAGCAAAACACUGCGGCCACACUUGACUGGGAAGAAGCAAAAGGACUUUUUCCACUCCACUCGUUUUUUGCUGCUGUUUUGGUCUUUGUUGUCGUGAGCCCUCGCGCUGGCGUUUCAUCCGCUACAAGCUAUGGAUCGCAUGGAGCUCAAGAAGGUCAGCACGGAGGACGAUGACAGCACCAACAGCCUGGACGACCGCUUCACUGAGCCCAUUGACUCGGAGAAAGCCACCAUCAACAGUCAGUUCCUCGAUGACAACGAUGGCGAGAGUCAGAAGUUUCUUGGAAAUGGAAUUAUGAAGAAGAAAAAGUACGAGGAGUACCAUGAAGAAUAUCAUCCAGGGCAUGCGUCCUUCGGCAUGUCUGUGUUCAACCUCAGUAAUGCCAUCAUGGGCAGCGGUAUCCUGGGCCUCUCCUACGCCAUGGCCAACACAGGGAUCAUGCUUUUCUCAAUCCUGCUCCUAGGUGUGGCAGCCCUCUCUUUGUACUCGGUGCAUCUACUGCUGGUCACUGCUAAAGAAGGAGGCUCCCUGAUCUAUGAAAAGCUGGGAGAGCGGGCGUUUGGCGCGACAGGGAAGUUUGCCGCCUUUGGGUCUAUAACACUACAGAAUAUUGGAGCCAUGUCCAGCUACCUCUUCAUUGUGAAGUACGAGCUGCCUGAGGUGAUCCGUGCGUUCAUGGGGCUGGAGGAGAUCUCUGGUGAGUGGUACCUCAAUGGCAAUUACCUGGUGGUGUUCGUGUCCAUUGGUGUCAUCUUACCCCUCUCGCUGCUCAAAAAUCCAGGCUACUUGGGCUACACCAGUGGAUUCUCCCUCUCCUGCAUGGUGUUUUUCCUGGGCGUGAUGAUGUAUAAGAAGAGCCAGCUGGUGUGUCCACUGCCCUUCAUGAUGGCGCACUCCAACCUGACCAUGAACGGCUCCGAUUUCCUGGGGGGGCCCUACGCGCUGCACAACGCCACAGCCGUCAUGGACUUCUCGCGCGCCGACGUGACCAGCGCCCACGUGGACCCCCACCACUCCCCCGCCAGCGGCGCCACCGACGUCCACUACGAGCCCCACCAUGAGACCGACGAGGAGAUGUGCACGCCCAAGUACUUUGUGUUCAACUCACAGACCGCGUACACGCUUCCCAUCCUGGCGUUCGCAUUCGUGUGCCACCCUGAAGUGCUUCCCAUCUACAGUGAGCUGAAAGAUCGUUCCAGGAAGAAAAUGCAGAAUGUGUCCAAUUUGUCCAUUCUGGCCAUGCUGGUGAUGUACAUGCUCUCAGCUCUGUUUGGGUACCUCAUCUUUUACAAUCACGUGGAGGACGAGUUGCUGCACACCUUCACAAAGGUGUACAAGUUUGACACCAUGCUCCUGCUGGUGCGUCUGGCUGUGCUGACCGCUGUCACCCUCACUGUGCCCAUCGUGCUCUUCCCUAUCCGUUCGUCGAUCAUCACGUUGGUGUUUAAAGACCAGGAUUUCAACUGGAUCCGCCAUGUGGGCAUCGCCGCUGGCAUCUUGUUCUUGGACAACAUGCUGGUGAUUUUCGUCCCCACUAUCCGCGACAUCUUCGGGUUCAUUGGUUCCUCUGCUGCCACAAUGCUCAUCUUCAUCCUCCCUGCGAGCUUUUACCUGAAGCUGGUCAAGAGUGUACCUCUCCGCUCCCCGCAGAAGAUCUCGGCGGCCAUUUUCCUCGUGGUGGGCAUUAUCUUCAUGAUUGUCAGCUUGUCACUUAUCGUGCUGGACUGGAUCCACAACCCCCCUGGCUCGUCUGGAGACGGUCACUAAGCAACAGACAUGAGAAACACUAUCAUCAUCAAGGGCUGAACUCCAUGGGCCCUGAUUGUCCCCAAAGAUUCUACUUUUUUUCCGCAAAAUGGCUGUUUUUGUCACAUGCACCUUUUUUCUGUAAACUACAACAAAAGUAUUACACAGGAACUCCAUUUGUGAGUACACCGGACUCCUUCAGACAUCAUUUUAGCUAUGUUUGUUUUGUUGUUUUUAUUUUUUCUUUGUUUUUUUUGUUUCAUGUGUGUAUUUGUAAGUGAUGAACAAUCUUUUUUGCAGUGUAGUCACUGAGUUUAGGUUGAGUCAACAGAGUAAAGUAAUUAGGCAAUCGUAGAUCUAGAGAGAUGGGGGGUGUAGGGGGGGCAAGCGGUUGGUGCUUCCAUUGCAGUAUCUGUGUAGCCUGCCAGUUACUGGUUGUGCUGUGAGCAGGAUAAACCAUUUUUUUUUUUUUUUUGCAGGGACCUCAAAGUCACAAACUGUAAAGAGAGGGAGAGAUGAUUUUUGUUGUUGUUGUUUUUGAGAGCUGCUGUUUCUGGUCAUGUGGAAGCAGACCUGUGUCUGUCUCCAAGGUCGUCGUCCUCAUGCACUUGAAGUUGGUUUUUGGGGUUUCUGUAGAGACAAAGAGCACUUCUAGAUUGUUUUAAUUGCAUUUUCACACAAACAUGCUAGUUCAUACACACAUAUGCACACACACAUAUACACACACAAACACACACUCAUUCAUUCACUCACACAAACACACCUUUUUUUUUUAAAUGUUCACUCAAAAAAUGGCAAAGGCUUGUCAAGCAUUUAAUUUUUUUCUUUCAAAUCCCAAUUGUGUUGAUACAGAUAUCCUAUACUUGACCUUGAAUUGUGAGUGAAGGUCGUAUGUCACCGUGUCAAAAUGUAUAUUAAGCAAUGAUUCAGACCACAAGCUUUUAAACAGGAACACCUUGUUGGUGUUAUUUUCUACAUAGAUAGUAUCAUACAUUUCAAUGUUUUUUUAAACUGAAAUUUCAAUCGUAGAAUUUUUAGACAAAAAAAUGUGAAAGUGCUCAACAGGCUUAUUCACCAGGCUUUGGGUGACUUACUGUUCAAGCAGUUGGACUUAAACGUAUGUGUCUAUGUGCGAGAGCAUUAUAAGUGCAGAUAUAGCCAUUCUGUUUCACUGUGAAGUGUCUCAACACCAGUAUGUGUUUAGUGCUAUUUAUUUCUUUUUUCCCAGACUUCCCCACGCUCCUAUGAGCAUUUUUUUUUUUUCUGAUAUCACAGAAGCUCUCUGAAUGAAGUCGAUAAUCUGAAUUGGGUUUGUGAUCCAUACAGCCCUUGAGGUAACUGAUGAGCAGCGAUCAUGUCAAUCGGCAACAAAAUCUAGAGAUAGUAGCUUAUGGAAUAUGGAGUGUUUUUGACUUAUAGGGAGAGGCGGUAUCGGCCAAAUGUAAUAAGUGAAUGAAAUCAUUUAAAUUAGUUACCCAUGCUGAAUACUCAUCACUAUUAAUUUUAUUGCUAUUAAUAUAUCCCACUUUUUAGUAAACAUUUUUUAAAUCCACAUGCAAAAAAAGGGUGCCUCGACUACACUAAGAUUCACAGAUCUGGUUGGCUCCUUGGCUGACUACAUUGCCUUGUACAAGUGCAGGUUCUGAAUAUUUGAUCAGCUGGAAUGCCAAUCCGUUUUGAAAAGGUGUUCAUUGCAAAACAUAGCCGCUAUGUUUUGAACAGAUCCAGCCAAAGUGGACAAUAUUUAUAGAUCAUUUAUCGAUCUCUCUAUAUACAUACAUCAAGUGGAUAUUUCAAAUGAAAUGGUAUAAUAUGUGCAUGUUUUGGAUUACAAACAUGGUCUUUUUUGACAGUUGUAUAUGCUUUGUAAAUAAUCGAUUUUAUGGUACACUUACUGAACUGUUUAGGAGGGGUGGGGUUGGGGGGUGGGGGUUCUGGGGGUUACUCCUCUAGAGACUUGGCAUUUGAAUGGGUUUAGAACUUUUGUUUUAGACUAUGAUGUAACAUGCUGUUAACUUUUUUAGCUUGCUUUCUACAUAUGUAGACCUAAACGUCUCUGGUUAGUAAGUGAAAUGGAUAAAUGGUUAAAUUGCUUCUUUUUCGUUAACGUCUCUGUGUAGUUUCUUCAGCUUAUGAUGGUACAUGUUAGUCAUGGAUGCAUAGAUGUCCGCAUGAUGUUGAUUGUACGUUGUUAUUGACUUGAUUCUUGAUGUGCAGAUGUGCAUGUUGUAAGAUUUUGCAUAUUCAAGACCAAGGGUGCAUACCCAUGAUGCCUUGCUACUGCAGGGACGGCCCACCUUUCACAUUUGCUUGGAAUGUGCAAAAGCAAACUUCUCAGCAGAGCUAUCUGCGGACUGAUAGAGAUUUGUCAUCCGUGAGGCAGACUAGUAGCUAUCUGGGCAGAGAAGUGAAGGUUAGAUGUACUGAGCUUAUUGAGGGCACGGAGACCCCAGGGUGAAGGCAAACCUAUGGUAGAUCUUGCCCCUGGGCCUCAGGUUUAUUGUAUGGAUACUUCAUACAAC